AUGUUGAGAAAGCACAUACUUGCACACAAUAGACUAUCAGCAUCAUCGCUAGUACUGCGGAGGCAUAUUGCAGUAUCUCGGGUGCUACUACACAACGCGCAACAUCAUCAUCAUCAUCAUCACCAGCUGCAAAAAGAAGAGUUUGAUUUUGAUUUCCUCAAAGUAGAAGAACGUCUGAGUAAGGAUAUUGUGAGGAAGUAUAUACCGGCAGAUCAGAUACAAAACCACUCUGAAAACUUGACAACUGAAAAAGAUAACGAUGAAAUACUUGGCGAAUCACCUUUUAGAAAUCCUGAUGGUUCACUUAUACAUGGUGAAAAUGCAACAGAGGCAAGAUUAGACCCCAAAACACUACUAGGCAAAAUCGAUCAUUCUGUUGAAAGACUACCGAAGGCUAUUGCGGAAGUGAUACAGAAUAACAUAUUAGUUACCACUCUCCCUUCGAGGCUUCGACAACAAGUUGUAGCUGUUUUCAAAGAUCUUAACAAGAACCAAAUUCAACAAAGUCCGCUGUCAGAAACGGAGUGUAAUGCGUACAUUGCAGCGUUAUUUCUCCAAGAUUUCAGCCAUAUCAAACAAGUUAUUUUAGAACUUCAAAAACGGGUGGGUAAGGACAAGUUCAAUCCGCAAAGAGUUUUGGAUAUAGGAUACGGCCCAGCCACGGGUAUGGUAGCUUUGAAUGAUGUGAUGGGCGAUCAGUGGAUUCCUGAAGAAAAAACUGCGUAUGUUAUUGGGCGAAGAAACAGUCAAAUGAAAAAGAAUGCAAAGAUUAUCUUGUCUCGUCAGUUGAAUGAAAAUACUGCAGAAGAUUUUGAAGAACUGGAGAUUGAACCUGGUGAGGAAGGAGAACAAAACAAGGCAAAAAUUGCUGAAGACUCGGUGUCUUUUGGAGUAGAGGAAAAGCAAUUGGGAAAAGACAUUCACGAGAAGAAGAUGAUGAUCAAGGAGAAGGAGAAGAAACAGAAAAAGGAUUCAAAGAAAAUCAAGGAAGAGAAAUAUCUUGGUCCCAUAGACUCGACCAAGAUCAAUAUUAGGACAACUUUGAGGGAUACUAUACCUACAAAUAAACAAUACGAUCUUAUUAUGGUGCAUCAUUCGUUACUUUCAAAAGAAUACAACUUUCCAAAGGAUGUUGAUGAGAAUUUGCGAAUGAUUUUGAGGCUCUUGGCACCUGGUGGUCAUCUUCUUAUUGUAGAACGUGGUAAUGCAGUUGGUUUUGAAACUGUUGCUAGAGCAAGACAAGUUAUGAUUCGUCCUGAGAGGUUUCCCCAAGAGUUGGGUAAGAUUCCUCGCCCGUAUAUUAAAGGGUCUUUGGGAAAACCACAGAAAUUAAAGAAGGAGAGUCUUCUUGUUACCGAUGAGGAUAUCGAGUUUGAAAAAGAGAUGCUUGCUAAAUUAGAAAAAGAAGAAGAAGAAGAAAAAGAAAAAGAAUUGAGAGAACAGGGUGAGAAUUUGGAAAAUGUUCUUGACUCUAAAUUCGGGAAAGUUAGCGAAGAAGAGUUGAGGUUUGACGAAGAAGAUGAUGGUGAGAAUUUUGAGAUUUUUGAACCUCAUACUCCAUUGGAGGAAAUGUACGACAAGAUUGAUUAUCACAUCAAGAUUCUUGCACCAUGUCCGCACCAUAGGACAUGUCCUUUGCAAUUGGGCGAUCCUAAAUUUUUUAAGAUUCCAUCGCAUAAACAUAGACUCAAUUUCUGUUCGUUUUCGAAAACAGUUGAGAGGCCGGAUUAUACAAUGGAGUUGAAAAAGGGCAAGAUGCUUGCUACAAAAUGGGACAAGACAGCACAUGAUGGUAUUGGUACCGUUAGUCGUGGUGAGUUGAAGAAACUUGCGGGUACAGGAAGACCUGGUGGUAGAAACACCGAAGAUGGUUCUUAUUCGUAUUUGAUUGCUGAAAGGAGUUUAAAUGAUCAAGAGACGCUUGAUAAGAUUGAUAAUUUGAGAGAAUAUAGUAAUAACGACAAUUCACCAGUUGACACUGAUGACAUUGAUUUCUGGCCUCGGAUUGUUGAUCAUCCUUCCAAAAUUAAGCGAAAUGUCAAGAUGACUGUUUGUUCUAAUGAGGGGGAUAUUGAGCUUUGGCAGAUUCCCAAGUCUCUUGGUAAGCAAGUUUACCAUGAUGCCAGGAAGGCUCAGCUUGGGGAUCAAUGGGCUUUGGGAAGAAAGACUUUUAUAAAGAGAACCGUUGUGUCGCCCGAAGUGAAGGCCAAAUUGGAGAUGUUGUACAAGACUCAAAAGAAGACAUUUUUGAAGGAGCAAAAGAAGCAAAACUGGAAAAAGAUUACUGGAGUUGACGAAGAGGAGUUUGACGAUGGGUUGCGUUCGGUAGAGAUUAUGGCUUCCAAGAUGGAGAAAUCGAGGGAAUAUAUUAAAAAGGGGAAAGAAUUUGAUGUGGAUCCAGCACUGUACGAAGGAAAAUAA